AUGAACAAAGACCUAGUUCGAGGUCAUGUCAUCACUUCGAAGACGUUGCUGCCAUUGAGGGGAACAGGCGUAUCGAACGAUACAUGUCUUCAAAGUGUUAAAUGGCCCGACGAAGGAUAUUUGCACGCAAGCCAGGGCGGGUUCAAUCGACAGGAAAUCGCGUCACCGUGGGAGAAGUUUGGAAAACAACGACAGCUUCACUUUCGACUUCUAUGGAUUCAGCGUGUGGGAGCAAAAUUCGAUGGCGCUGCGACUCGCCCUUAUGGAGAUACGAGAAGAAACAGUGCUGUGGUUUCCACAGUAGAUAAGGACCAUGUGGAUGACAUAGGUGAUGUGCAGGUGAAUGCUUUAAAGGCUUUAUGGGCUGAUUCAGGAGUUCAGGCUUGCUAUGACCGACGUAGAGAAUAUCAACUAUCAGAUUCAGCGAAAUAUUAUUUAGAUGCUCUGGAUAGGAUUUCAGUUUCAGGUUAUAUUCCUGAUCAACAGGAUGUGUUGAGAGUGCGUGUUCCUACUACAGGAAUUAUUGAAUAUCCGUUUAAUUUGGAAAAAGUCUUGAUACGAAUGGUUGAUGUUGGAGGUCAAAGGUCUGAACGUCGCAAGUGGAUUCAUUGCUUUGAAAGUGUGACGUCUAUCAUAUUCCUUGUGGCUCUUAGUGAAUACGAUCAGGUGUUGUUUGAGUCAAAAGAUGAGGUAAGACUGUCAAACAGCUAUUGUUACUGUACACUAUUUCCAGAUGAAAGUCAUUCAUAGUCACUUCAAAUUAGUGUUAUGUCAAUUCAUAUUCUACUUUGUCAGUUCGAGUUCAUACUUUGUCAUUUCAAAUUGGCAUUAUGUCAAUUCAAAUUCAUUCACGGUCAUUUCAAAUUGAUCAACUGUCAAUUCAAAUUUCAUUCAAAUCUGUCAUGAGUCAAUUCAAAUUUGCAUGCUACUGAUGCAUAUAUAUGUCAAUUGCACACAACUGCGAUUUUACUGAUUGACCACAAUAAAUUGAAACUGGACAUAGAUACACUUUAUUCUGUAAACUGAGCAAAUAUAUGUAUACUCUGCAUCACACAAACGAUGUUCUAGCAUUACAGUACACGAUGAAGCACAACACCAAGUUAAUUAAUUAAGUCAUCUCAUGUCAA